UUCCCAGCAGCGCAAAUUUUCAGAGCGCGCACAGCUAAUCAUAGAAUAAUCGGUGUCGACUGCGCACGCUCAACAAUUCAUUUUUGGGCACUCUAGAAAACACCAACCACCGGAAUGAGUGAACGAUUUGCCUACACUCCCAUCAUUUUAUGUCCAUUAUUUUAUUGCUUUGAGUAGAAUGAUUUUGCUUUUCUCCGCUGCAGCUUUUGUUUUGGAUGGCAUUCUAUCUCAAGAAAGGACGAGCCCCUCUUCUCUCACAGAAGCAUAGCAUUUCUCUGCAAGAGAGAGACAUACAAGCCCUAUGCAGGUGAGCAUUAGGCGAGCUAACUAUAGAAUGUCGCUUUGCAUUUCUUUAUUUAGUGUCUAGUGUUACUUGGAAAGUUAGGAUUUUUGUUGUUGUUGCAUUGAGCAAAUCGGACACACAAAGAAUACGAAGAAAAACGCAGCAAGAGUCGAGAAUCAUAAGAGGACCUCUCGCGCAAGCCUCAACAUCUCACCGAGUCUCACCCUCAUACCUCAGGAAAAAUGUCAUCUCAAACUAGAGUCAAGAAGGACAAGGAGAUCAUAGGAGAAUAUGAAACUCAAGUCAAAGAGAUCCGUAACCAGCUGGUGGAGCAGUUCAAAUGCCUGGAGCAGCAGUCCGAGUCUCGUAUCCAGCUGCUGCAGGACCUGCAGGACUUCUUCCGCCGCAAGGCUGAGAUCCAGCUGGAGUACUCCCGCAGCCUGGAGAAACUGGCCGAGCGAUUCUCCAACAAGAUCCGCAGCUCCAGAGAACACCACCAGUUCAAGAAGGACCAACACCUGCUGUCCAGUGUGAACUGCUGGUACCUGGUACUGAACCAGACCAGGAGAGAGAGCAGGGACCACGCCACCCUCAAUGACAUCUAUACCAACAACGUUAUCGUCCGCCUCGCCCAGAUCAGCGAGGACGUAAUCCGCCUCUUCAAGAAGAGUAAGGACAUUGGGAUUCAGAUGCAUGAGGAGCUGGUGAAAGUGACAAACGAACUCUACACUGUGAUGAAGACCUACCACAUGUACCACACAGAGAGCAUCAGCGCUGAGAGCAAGCUGAAGGACGCUGAGAAGCAGGAGGAGAAGCAGUUCAGUAAGUCUGCUGACCUCAACGUCCACCUGCUGCGCCACGAGGACCGGCCCCAGAGACGCAGCUCCGUCAGGAAGAUUGAGAAGAUGAAGGAGAAGAGGCAAGCCAAGUACUCCGAAAACAAGCUGAAGUGCACUAAAGCCCGCAACGACUAUUUGUUGAACCUGGCAGCAACGAAUGGCGUUGUGGCGAAAUACUACAUCCACGAUGUCUCUGAUAUGAUUGAUUGCUGCGACCUGGGCUACCAUGCCAGCCUGGCACGUACCUUCAGGACCUACCUGUCAGCUGAGUACAACCUGGAGACUAGUCGCCACGAGGGCCUGGACAUCAUGGAGAACGCCGUGGACAACCUAGACUCCCGCAGCGACAAGCACAAGAUCAUGGACAUGCACAACCAGGUGUUCUGCCCUCCCAUGCGCUUCGAGUACCUGCCCCACAUGGGGGACGAGGUGUGUCAGGUGAGUGCCCAGCAGCCUGUGCAGACUGAGCUCCUGAUGCGCUACCACCAGCUGCAGUCCCGCCUGGCCACGCUCAAGAUCGAGAACGAGGAGGUGAGGAAGACACUGGACGCCACCAUGCAGACCAUGCAGGACAUGCUGACUGUGGAGGACUUUGAUGUGUCCGAUGCUUUCCAACAUAGCCGCUCCAAUGAGUCCAUGAAGUCUGUUGCCUCUGAGACCUACAUGAGCAAACUGAACGUGGCCAAGAGACGGGCCAACCAGCAGGAGACAGAGGUCUUCUACUUCACUAAAUUUAAGGAGUUCCUGAACGGCAGCAACCUCAUCAUUAAACUGCAGGCCAAGCAUGACCUCCUGAAGCAGACACUGGGAGAAGGAGAAAGGGCUGAAUGUGGGACUACGAGGCCCCCCACUCUACCCCCUAAACCACAGAAAAUGCGGAAGCCUAGGCCGCGCUCCAUCUAUAACCAUAAACUGUUUAACGGCAAUAUGGAGACCUUCAUCAAGGAUUCAGGUCAACCUAUUCCUCUUGUGGUUGAGAGCUGUAUUCGACACAUCAAUUUGUAUGGGCUCCAGCAGCAGGGCAUAUUCCGUGUGCCUGGAUCCCAGGUGGAGGUUAAUGAUAUUAAAAACUCAUUUGAGAGAGGCGAAGACCCAUUGAUUGAAGACCAGAAUGAACAUGACAUCAACUCAGUGGCAGGGGUCCUCAAGCUGUACUUCAGGGGCCUGGAGAACCCUCUGUUCCCCAAGGAACGCUUCCUGGACCUCAUGUCUACUAUCAAGCUGGAGUCUGGAGCUGAGAGAGCGCAUCACGUCCAGCAGAUUGUUGUGACUCUUCCUCGCACCGUCAUCAUCGUCAUGAGAUACCUGUUCGCUUUCCUCAAUCAUCUGUCCCAGUACAGUGAUGAGAACAUGAUGGAUCCCUAUAACCUGGCCAUCUGCUUCGGCCCCACCCUGAUGCCCAUCCCCGAUGGACAGGACCCUGUAGCCAUCCAGGCGCAUGUUAAUGAGGUCAUCAAGACCAUCAUCAUCCACAACGAGGUCAUCUUCCCCAGCCACCGUGAGCUGGACGGGCCAGUCUAUGAGAAGUGCAUGACUGGAGGAGAGGAGUACUGUGACAGCCCCCACAGUGAGCCAGGCACAAUUGAUGAGGCUGACAACGGGACUGAGCCACACACCAGUGAUGACGAGGUGGAGCAGAUUGAGGCCAUCGCUAAGUUUGACUAUGUGGGGCGCACCCCCCGGGAGCUAUCCUUUAAGAAGGGAGCGUCACUACUGCUGUAUCACCGCGCCUCCGAGGACUGGUGGGAGGGGCGGCACAACGGUGUGGACGGACUGAUCCCACACCAGUACAUUGUGGUGCAGGACCUGGAUGAUGCGUUCUCAGAUAAUCUCAGUCAGAAGGCGGACAGCGAGGCGAGCAGCGGACCACUGCUGGAUGACAAGGCCUCAUCCAAAAACGAUGUUCCAUCACCGUGUGAACACUCCCCCGACUGCAACUUUGGAGGAGUCAUGGGGAGGGUGAGGCUACGUUCUGACGGGGCCGCCAUCCCUCAGCGCCGCAGCGGAGAGACCCACAGCCCUCCCCGGGGCACAGACACACCCCCGCGGGCCGCAGCCUGUCCCAGUAGCCCCCACAAGAUGGUAGUGAGCAGGAGUCGCAUGGAGAGCCCGGAGAAGAGGCGCCUGGGCACAUUUGGCAGUGCGGGCAGCAUCAACAAUGCUGACAGGAAGGUCUACCCCGAGGGCCACCCCCUGAGACACGUACCAGGGGCCACACGCCACAGCAGCCUGGGGGACCACAAGUCACUGGAGGCUGAUGCCCUGGCAGAGGACAUAGAGAAGACCAUGACCACGGCCCUACAUGAGCUGCGUGAGCUGGAGCGCCAAAACAUGGGCAAACAAGCACCAGACGUGGUGCUGGAUACCCUGGACACCACCAUGAAGAAGCCUGUGAACUCGGAGCCCGGCAGCCCCCUCCACACCAUCAUGAUCCGCGACCCGGACGCCGCCAUGCGCCGCAGCAGCAGCUCCACCUCUGAAAUGAUGUCCACCUUUAAGCCUGCCUUGUCGGCACGUCUGGCCGGAGCCCAACUGCGCCCCCCGCCCAUGAGGCCCGUCCGCCCGCCCCCCACCGGGCACCGCUCCUCCAGCUCCAGUUCCUCCGGGGUAGGAAGCCCUGCUGUCACCCCCACUGAGAAGAUCUUCCCCAACAGCACUGCCGCGGCUAGCUCCGCAGCUAACGCAGCCGGGGACAAGUCAGGCACCAUGUAACUCUGAGGGAGACUCAGGGUUUUCAUGUUGCAACAGCUUGAAGGAGAGGAAAGCCCAUAGAAAUGCGAUGAUGUGUUGUCAAUAUUUUCUCAGAGAACAUGUGUGGAUUUUCCCCCUCCUUGUUUUGAGUUUCACUUUAUUUCUUGAAUUCAGAAAGCUCCUGGAGUGAGCCUGAGUUGCCAUAGUGAUGGCAGGUGGAGAGGCUGUAGGGGUUUGAUAGCAUAUUAACUCAACACUCUGAAGCUUGAUGUGAAAACGGACUUGAAAAGAAUGAAUAAAAUCACCUCAAAGUAAAAGUAAUUUUUUCGUUUUUACCUCCAAAUUAUGUCUGUGGCCAGGCCCCGCUUCUUAGCGAUUUAUUGACUGCAAGACGUGAAGAAGUACUUGUUUAAUUUUAGCAUUGGUUUUCAUCCUGCACUGGUCCAGAUGAUGUCUGAUCCCUCCUUACUGGUGUGUAUGAGACUCUUCUCUCUGGACUGGACACUCAGUCUACCAGACUGCUUCUAAGAGACUGAAACCAAGAUGGCCAUCUGCCUUUUGGCUGUAAAUAGAGACUUACUUGAAGUUGUUAUGCCUUUUGUUUGUACUGUAGUAUAAGGGAUGUUCAGAAAAGUAACAACAUGUCAACAUUGUAUACGUAUAUGAGAUGUAGAAAACUGAACCAAUAUACCAACUAAUUGUAAGAAACUCAAAAUGUAGUUUAACUUGUAUAUAGUUAUUGAUUAGUAUGUAUUUUAUGUGUGUGUUAAUCUUGUACAGGCCAAGACGGAACAGGCAAGUAGAUGUGAAUGGCAUUGUCAAAAAACAAACACAAAGCAAACAAUGAAAAAAGAUCAAAAGGUUUCUGCUUCCUUUGUUAUUUUCUUCCCUUUCACACACACAUCACAGCACUGACAGUUGUGUUUAGAGUAUGUGGACAUGUGGAUGUCAUCAUACCACACAUUGUAUUUAUGAGUUAAAACUACAUUUGCGCUUCUCUACUCAAAUGGAUCCUGAUUCUGUCUUCUGCCCACAGCAGUUCUGCAUGCACUGUAAAUAAGGCCAAGUCAGUCUCCAGUUGAGUUGAGUCUGCUUUUAUUCCAUUUGUAGUGUUUAAAUGCUUUAUCGUUCCUCAUAUACAUACUUCCAAUAUAUUAUUCAGAUUUAAGACAGUAAAAUGAGUGUAUUAUACCAUAGUUUGCCAUGGUAAGGUUUGAGCCCCCUUUUAUGAGUUUGUAAUAUUGUGAGAAUACUGUUGACCAUGGCCCUUUACCCCAUAGCCCCUCACUGUUCCAACAGCUCAACACAAGAGCCUGUCUUCUGCUGACACAGUAACCUGUGUGAAGUCAGUCCACAACUAGACACUAAUUUGUGUUCCUUAGACGCACCCGAUGUCAUACUAUACACACUUUGCCAUCUUUAAAGCAACCUCUUGCCUGUUCAAGUCUGAUUUAUGUAAUACUUUCUACGCACAAAAUAUGUUACAAAGUACUGUUACAAUAUUCCUUUUGAUCUGAAAUGUGAUACCUUACCUAGACAACUCCAGUGUUGCCUGAGAAGUUAACAGUAAAUGUUGUGAUAUAAUAACAGCAGAACAGUGGUCUUACCUCUCCUCCCCUUGGUUCUAACAUCCUCACUGUCAUGUUCCAGUGUCUCAUCCCACUUCUUGUUUUCAGUCCUUUGUAGCGAGGAAAUAUAAGUGCGUACUGAAAGAGGUUGACACUGUAGGCCUAUACUGUAGCUGCCAUGUUAAAUUGUAGCUGGCCCAAGCCCGCUCCUGCCUCUGCUCAGUCCUAUAGUUGUGUGUUUGGACUGCCUUAUAUGCCGCAUGCCCUGCCCUGUCCUGCAUGUUUUAUGCUGUACCAUUUGACACAAACAAUGUGACAAUUGAACAAUGACUGUUUGCGGUGCCUUUCCUCUGUAAAACGCACAAGUGACUUAAUGUUUCGGCCUUUUGCUUUCGAGGGUUGGGCUAUAACCUAGUAGUUAACCAUUUUGGAAUAUGUGAAUACCUGUUGUCACUAACAUGUAGCAGUAACAUGUGGGCAAUGGAAGUGAAUUGGCAGCCAAGGUGGGACAAAAAGUCAAGGACAGAUAUAUCAACCUGAAUCUCAUGCUGUGAUUCCAAUAUCAAUCAUAUGUACAUUAUUCAGCCACUGUUAAGUGUGCAAAUCUUGAUUUCAUACACAUAGUUUCCUAUGAGAUACAUACAUACUUUCACUGGAAAACGUUGUCAUGAUCUCAUCCCAGUGAUUUGUUUGCCAUGUGCGUUUUGUUUACCACAAACAUUGCAGUCAAUUCUGUCCACCUCCAUCUGUUGACCCCUGCUGGGUAGAUUCUAGCCUCAAACAACAUAAGUUAUACACUUACACCCUCUGCUGGUCAUAUAUGGUAUUGCUUUAACUAGAAGUACUGUGAUUCUGGUCAGGUAUGAGUAAACAGAUGGCACUCUCCAUCAAUAGGAACUGUCACUGAUGACAACCAAAUCAUUUUUUUUUCAUCCCGUUGAACUACAAGAAUUACAUAACAUUUUUGUAUUAACCACAGUUGUCAUCGGUAUAACUGAAGAGUCCAUUUAAGUUCAUUUUUCUCAAACAUACAUAAGCUGUAUUUUCAAAGAUAAAGUAAAACACAUACUAAAUGUUGAUUUGCAAAAGUAAAAUGUAUAUAUUUGUUUAUUAGUAUUUUGUUUAUUUAUGUCUAAAAUGAGUAAGUGCCUUUUGUGCACAUCAUCAGUUUUUAAUGAACUUGUAUAAUUACCUUUUUUAACGAUAUAGUAAUUCAGUCAUGUUUGAUAUUCACUUUUAUCAUAUUUUCCCCUUUCCACACAUAAUUUCAUCUGAGGAAUAUCAAGAAAACAAGUGAUGUAAAUAUGUACUGUACACAUUGCUAUAGAGGAAUUACUAUGACCCCUUCAGAUGUCAUACUACCAGAACGACUGAAAUGUAGUAUUUACUUGUAUGAUUGAUUGUCUGAUAUGCUCCAGUUGAUUCCUGGAGGGGUAAGAGAUUUAUAAAGAAGACUUGGACUGCUGUACAUUUACUCAAUGAUGGCAUCGUUCAGUGAAAUCAUCUCUGAUUGAUCAUUUCAUCCUUUCUUUCUGUUUUCUGUCUGUGCUGUGGUUGAAUCUUUACUUCUUCUACUCAUAUACUCAUCCUCCUCCUGCAAAGUGAACACACCAUUGCAGUGUUACUCCUCUACUUGCAUGGUUUAUAAGGCACAUGGUGAACUCUCUUCUUCUUUCAGCUGUAUAUGAUGUCCUGUUCAAGGAAGUGUUUUGAUUUCUGGAAUGUACGCUAAACCUGGGUAAUGGAUGUUGUAUGUUGUCUAAUAACAAUGCUUAUGAAGUAACAUUCAGAGACCAAACUGGCUGAGUGCCUGUGGUGGUGAGUGUGAGUUGUCGUCAUACUGUUUACUCUCUCACUCUCUCUCUCGUCUCUCUCAUGUCUCCCUGUUCAUGUGUGCUGACUGGUUAAAUCCCUUGUAAUGUAAUGUACACCAAGCCACUGUUUGGAUGUUGAGAUAUGUUAUGAUACGUUAUGUCCAAAUAAAAAAACGAAUGUUGCCCUCUGA